AUGGCUCCCACAUACAAGGCCGUCACGCUGGCCAAGCGGCCCAAAGACUCGAUCGUGGCGGGCGAGACGUUCACCGUGGUUGCGAAACCAACCCCAUCCGCCCACGACCUCAAGGACGGAGAGGUGCUGUUCGAGUCCAACUACCUCAGCAUCGACCCGGCCAUGCGCGGCUGGCUGAACGAUACCCGGUCGUACAUCCCGCCAGUGCAGAUCGGAGAAGUCAUGCGCGGCCACGCGGUCGGAACCGUGGUUGCGAGUAAAAACCCCAAUUACCCUGUGGGGAGUUACGCCCAGGGCACAGUGGGCUGGACCGAGCUCAAAGUCUCCAAAGCGCGUGAAUUGCAGAAGGUCGAGCUGCCUCGGGGUGCUAAGAUUACGGAUGUCUUGGGUGUUUUGGGAAUGACUGGCCUGACAGCCUAUUUCGGCAUCAUUGACGUGGGCAAAGUCAAGGCCGGGGACUUUGUCGUCGUCUCCGGUGCUGCCGGCGCAACGGGCAGUGUGGUCGGCCAGAUUGCCAAGCUGAAAGGUGCCACCGUCUUGGGCAUUGCAGGGAGCGACGACAAGUGCCGUUGGUUGAGAGAGGAGUUGGGAUUCGACGAGGCGCUGAAUUACAAGGACAAGGAAUUUGCCAAGCAGUUCAGGGCGGCGACGAAGAACCUGAUUGAUGUCUUCUAUGACAAUGUUGGCGGUGAGAUCCUCGAUCUUGCAUUGAGCAGAGCAAAGCCUCACGCUCGCUUCGUCAUAUGUGGAGGGAUCAGCCAGUACAAUUCGUCUAAGCCGCAAGGGCCAAAGAACUAUCUCAUGAUCAUUUCCAUGCGGAUUCGCAUGGAGGGCUUCAUUGUCUUUGACUAUGAGAAAGAGUACCCGCGCGCCCUUAAGGACCUGGCUCAAUGGCUGUCCGAAGGCAAGAUCAAGAGGAAAGAGACGAUUGUCAAGGGCGGCAUAGAAAAGGCCGAGUCUGCACUGCGCGACCUAUACAACGGCGUCAAUACAGGCAAAUUGUUGGUCGAGGUCAAGCCGGUCGAAGAAAAGAUCAAGGCCUCUCUCUGA